AUUUGUGAGCUGAAAUUUUCCAGUCUGACUUCUAAUAACAAUAUAUAGUGAAUGCAUCCUAGAGAUUAACUAAUAUCCACAUACUAGAAAAGUACGGACAAACUCUGUGCAGUUUUAAAGUCAAAGAUGGAUUCAUUCACCCUGGAUGUGGCUCUAGUCUCGGCAGCUGUGGUAAUUUGUCUUGCUGCAAUGGUUGCCAUGUGUGGGAUCUGCAAAUGGUGUCAGCGCAAAUUGGGUAAAAGACACAAGAGCUCAUUGGAAGUAGUCAACACACCAGACUCCAACCGAGGCCGUAAUGAGAAGAAAGCCAUCAAUGAUCUUGACAAAGACUUUUGGAAUAACAAUGACAGCACAGUACAAAAGAAAUGGAGUUCCUACCCUCCAAAGGAGUUCAUUCUAAACAUUUCGCCUUAUGCACCUUAUGGUGACCCACGACUUUCACUCAAUGGCACUCUCAUGUCCGGUAACAAAGCUUCAGUAGCUGAGAAAGAAACACGCACGGCCGAGAAGCAAACCCGCAGCAACAGCAUGAAGAGCAGUGGAUCUUCCAACAGUAAUCGGGGUGAAGCUGCCAAUGGCAAGGUUGGGAAAGGUGGGCGCUGGCACACAGUCCAGACUCUCCUAGCAUCGGGCAAGCUCAACCAAGCUAACUUGGAUGAGCCGACCUUAUCAGCAGCCUCCACAUUAGAGCACAUAUCUACACCACCAGGCGAUCAACAGUCGAAAUGCCCACGACCUCGGACGCUGCAGAGGCAGCAGAGCCUCCAGCAGCCGCUGCAACAGCAUAGACCUGCCCACAGCCAGCCUACCACCAGCCAGAGCCUGGGGCAGCUUCAGUUCCAACAGCAGACAACCUCCGGCAGCAGGUCUCCCUACAGAGGCCAGCAUAGGCCAAGUGGUACGGCAGGCUCACGCAAUCGUACAGCUGGAGGUCGCAGUCGCUCCAAUCCUGGGAGCUGGGAUUACGUGAUGGGACAGCUCCGUAAUCGAGGGUUAGAUAUGAAGUCUUUCCUUGAAGGUCGGAUGGUGGUCCUUUCCCUGAUUAUGGGUUUGACAGAACAAGAUGACUUUGCAAAUAUUCCUGAUCUACAGACCAGCAACAGCCAACAAAACCAAGGCAUGCAGUCAGACAAAAGGUUACCCACUGGAAAUAAGCCAGUAAAUACAACUCCUGUGCAAGGGCAGGUCCCUCAGGAUGACUCUGAUAGGAGAACAGAACCUCGCUCUUCAGUCUCGGACCUUGUGAAUUCGCUCACAAGUGAGAUGCUGAUGCUGUCACCGGGUUCUGAGGAUGACCAUGAGGGAAGCUCACGUGAAAAUCUGGGCCGGAUUCAAUUUAGCGUCGGCUACAAUUUCCAGGAGUCUACCUUCACCGUAAAAAUAAUGAAAGCAGUAGAUCUGCCAGCGAAGGACUUCAGUGGCACCAGCGACCCAUUUGUUAAAAUCUAUCUGCUACCUGACAAGAAACACAAACUGGAGACAAAGGUGAAAAGAAAGAAUUUAAACCCGCAUUGGAAUGAGACGUUCCUGUUUGAAGGUUUCCCUUAUGAAAAGGUGGUUCAGCGAGUGCUGUAUCUUCAAGUCCUGGACUAUGAUCGUUUCAGUCGAAAUGAUCCUAUUGGAGAGGUGUCAUUACCUCUAAACAAAGUGGACCUGACACAGACACAGACAUUCUGGAAAGAACUAAAGCCAUGUAGUGAUGGAAGUGGGAGUCGAGGAGAGCUUCUCUUGUCAUUAUGCUACAACCCAACUGCCAAUACAAUCACUGUGAACAUUAUAAAGGCAAGGAAUCUGAAAGCCAUGGACAUAGGAGGUACAUCAGAUCCAUACGUCAAAGUUUGGCUCAUGUACAAGGAUAAGAAAGUGGAGAAGAAAAAGACAGUUGUGAUGAAGAGGUGUUUAAACCCCAUCUUCAAUGAGAGUUUCGUGUUUGAUGUACCGACAGAGAUAUUGCGAGAGACAACUAUCAUCAUUACUGUGAUGGACAAAGACAAACUGAGCAGGAAUGAUGUUAUUGGAAAGAUAUACUUGUCUUGGAAGAGUGGGCCUGGAGAAGUCAAGCAUUGGAAGGAUAUGAUUGGGCGGCCGCGACAUGCUGUGGCUCAGUGGCACCAACUCAAGGCAUGAUUAUUCACCAAACCAAAAAAGAGGGGAAAACAUCUAAUUAAUCCUGACAUUUUAAGUAUGCACAAUGAAGCACGUGGACUGAAAUCACGGAUCACUCAGUCAACACUCUGGGAGCCCAGCAGCCAAUCCGUAUGCCAUGGACUGAAUAGCAUUGAGCUGCCAGCAACAUUUUUUUUCAGCCAAGAGAUCAUAUCAACCCAGUGCUUCAACAUUACUCCCCUCCCCUCUUAUAAAUCCCCAUAUAAUUUGGUAGUGGCACAAUUCAUUCUCUGUGUCUGAGGAGUCUGUGGCCAGUUGUCACGUGGCUUAGAUUUUAGUUUUUAUUUCAUGUGACAAAAAAAACGAACCGUUCUUCCAGUGGUAAAGGAAGUUGCAGCAUCGAAAAAAAAAGUAUCUUUUUCUGGAAUGAGCUGACAUUCGUAGUAUUCUGGUGCAGGUGUAGAUGCUAACAGUUGUUUAUUUAUCUGAGUCAACAUAAUGAGAGGGAGGGAAAAUGAGAAAAGCAGGAACUUAAAAUCUGUCUGUGUUUGUAAUUAUAGAAAGUGUGUUUUUGUGCACACAAUGUAAGUACUCAGCCAUGCCCUUAAUGUGUGGGUGAUUUUCUCUGCACUUUUUAAAAUGCACAGUUUGGUUAUGCAAAAUAAGAUGUUAAUGGAUUUUGGAUUUUUAGAGGUGGUUUUUAAGUGGACAGUGUCUGGUUUACUCAGUAUUUUAACUUAGCUCUUCUUUAUCCAGGGCUUACAGAACUACUAUACCGCGGCAAGCGAAAAUUCUAUAGUUUUACAUACAGUAUUGGCCUGGAAUUCCUAAAGAAAACUGACAGCAAAUGUAAAAUACAGUCAAAUUUCUAAAAAUCCUGUACAGUAACACUGUAGGUUACUUCCAUGCAAACCCUGUGUAGUUUUGCAUUAUGGUUAGGUACAUUUAAAAUAAUAUUGUUGUGUGGUAAACAAUAUAGCUGCAGUUGGCAUAUUUGACACAGUUUAAUUAGAGUGGAGGUUUUAAGGACAUUGAACAGGCAUCCGGUGUCCUUGAUAAAGCCAUUUUCUUGUCUCAUUUAAAAUCUGUUGCUAAAUGAACUUCUCACAGUCAGAUUAAUAGUGGUAGGUUUAGAAAUAAAACAAAUUGUUCGAGAGAGACAGCAGGUCAGGUAGCAUCUGUAGAGAAAAAAAAAGCAGUGAAUGU